AAAAAAAAAAGAACAGAUCGAAAAAAUUGCUUCCAUGCUUGGCUUGGCUGCUGCUGUCGUUGUUGCGUACACAAGUGUCAUUAUUUUUCUAUUUAUAACAGUUUAGUUGCUUCUAUUGCGUUCCAUAUUUUAGCUAUUUGAUCAACCGAUUUAGGUUGUAAUGAGUAAGUGAGCUCGCGAGGACUCUGAAUGGCCGAUUAGCCACGAGCAAGAUUUCCCAUCGCAAAGUUGCCAAAAAAGAACGGUACCUUUAACAAUCGUGUGAAAAUAUAAAGGUCGUCAAAAUGGAUGUUCGCAUGAUCGAAGAAGCGGUUCUUACAUUCUACCAGAGCGGUACUCACAAGCAAGAGGACACCCACCAGUGGUUGCAGCAGAUUCAAGAAAGUCCGCACGCAUGGUCCUUCUGUUGGGAGCUGAUGCAGCUUAAUAAACCUUCGGAGAUUCAGUUUUUUGGAGCCAUCACUUUGCACUCGAAGCUGACUAAGUUCUGGGGUGAAGUACCCAAAGAAGCACACAAUGAGUUCAAGCAAAAGUUGCUUGAAAGUAUAGUCAUGUUUGGCAAUGGUCCAAAGAUUGUGCUAAGCCAGCUCUGCAUUUCGUUGAGUGUGUUUAUUGUGCAUAUGCUGGAACAUCCCACGGUAAUCGAGGAAGUGACCGGGAUGUUUUUAAAUGAACAACUUGGUACCCUAUCGAAAAAUACACAGCUCGAAAUUUUGAUGUCGGUGCUGGAGGGAAUUCCAGAUGAGGCCGAGUCAGUGCACACCCAGAUUCCAAGAUCGAUGGUUCGAGAAGAACUGAACAAAAAAGCGGAAUUCGCGACCGGGACGGUUAUUAACUAUCUGAGCGGGAAAUUGAACGACGGCCGGUUUGACGAAAGCGAAAUGAAUGUCCUCAUCAAUGCAACCAAGUGCUUGGCAACCUGGUUGAAGUACGGCAAUGUGCGACUCGAUGAAUGCGAAACGAUGGUUCAAGUGCUGCUGAAAAUUAUUCACUAUUGCUACUGGAAGGAACCGAAGGAUGAUGGCUGCCUGUCUCAAGAGGACAGUGAUCUGGCGGAAACUGCCGUGAAGGUGUUGGUGAAAAUAAUGAGUUCUCAAAACUGCAACGGACACAAGUACUCAGCAACGGUCGUUCGCUAUAUGCAUUUAUUUCUGGACGUUCUGGGACCGAUCUUGGAUGUAGAGUGGAAGGAGAAUAACGACAACGAGAAUUUGGCGUUUGUCAUUUACACUCUCUUUCUGUCGACCCUGGAAUGCUACUCCUCGGCGAUCUUCGCCGGGAUUCUUUCGGACAACGAGCAGCUUGCCAAGGUGUACGGCAGAACCGUAGAUUUGCUGGUCAAGUGUACCGAUAAACCCGGUACAUAUCCCGUGGAUGAAUCUUGCAGUACAUUGGCGAUGGAAUUCUGGUACAUGCUACAGGACGAGAUCUUUUCGAUGCCAAACGACGAACGCAAAACGAAAUGCUGGGAUGCCAUCAAGCCCGUCUAUGCGCAUAUUGUGAAGGUUUUGAUACGAAAAAGCCAACUACCUAACGACAGUGUACUGCACAAAUGGAACUCCGAUGAUCUGGAAACGUUCCGCUGUUAUCGGCAAGAUAUCGGAGAUACAUUGUUAUCAUGCCACGAUGUUUUAAAUGACAUAAUGCUGGAUGUACUCUCGGAAGCGCUGGAUGAGUCGAUAUUGUACCUAAAUUAUGACCCUCAGAAUACAGACAGCUGGCCACUCUUGGAAGCGACCAUACACGCAUACUGUUCCAUAGCUCAGAAGAUAGAAUACGCUGAAUAUCCACAAGUCGUUAAACUGCUCAAAGUAUUGAACGAAAUUCCGUACGAAAAGUAUAGCGAUAAAUUACUUGGUAUGGCAUUAGAAACCGCUGGAGCUUAUAGCGAUUGGAUUAGCGAUAAUCCAAAGUACCUGCCAUCAGCGAUCGAGUUGCUCGUUAAGGGACUUAGUUCGACGCAAGCAUCACAAGCAACGCUUGGACUUAAAGAUCUCACCUCCGAGUGCCAAAAGGAAAUGACUCCGUUUGCUUUGCCACUUCUCGAUGCCUGCCGAUCGACUCUCCAGGGUGGUCAUUUAAAAAAUUCCGAAAUGAUCCGACUCAUGUAUACUGUCGGAAACAUUAUGAGCGUAAUCUCGUACGAUCAAAUCAUUCAAUAUCUGGACAUUAUGGUUUCGCCCUGCUUCGAAGAACUUCAAGCAAACGUUCAGAACCAGGAGAAAAGCGAUGCGGCCAAAGGACGUGUAAUUCUACGGCUGGAAAUGAUCUCGAAGUUGUUCUCUUCGCUCAAUACACGCAAGUUGAAUGUUGCACAGCGCACAGAAAAAGAGGACGAUGAGCUGCAGCUCGUUCCCACGCAAAGCAACCAAUCACAACCUGUCCAACCGAUACUGUUGAUACUGGAAAAGACCAUGGGUCUGCUGAAAAACCUUUGCACCCUUUGGAUCCACGACGAGAGUGUUAUCGAAACAUUGUGCAAAGCGCUACAGCAGGCGCUCACCAAUCUGAUGGACGAUAUCAAACCACUUCUGAACGACAUGUGCGGUCUCAUACUGAUGAUCUUCGCCAACAAGUGCGCUCCGUCCGCUGUGGAGAUGGCCGGAAAUUUUAUAUUGAUCUUUUAUAACGAUCCGGAAAGUCAAGAGAGUAUGAAGCAACUAUUCUCAGCCAUCCUGGAGUAUAACUUUGGGCAAAUGCAGCAAUACGAUGAACACCAAAAACUAUCUGAUGUUGCUGAUCUUAUCGAAACAUUUUACAUGUUCAAUACUCGAAUAGUGAAAAAGAUGGCCAUUUGCUACAGUGCCGUGCAGGCCGACUGUAUUAAGUUAAUUGAAUACGCUAUGAAGAGCAUGAUACUUCCUGAGACGGGUCCAAUUAAGAAAAGCGUCGGUUUUCUGUCGGUGUUUAUCAAGGAAUCGCGUAACUAUCCGCUGAUGAUGAACGCCGUAGCAGCUCAAGGCGAGAACCUGCUGCGCAACACCUUCUUAUGUCUUGGCGGAUACACACCUCGAGCUCAUGUUGAUGUGUUUGCCGACAUUUUUCUUGCUCUGAAUUACAAAUACCCCAGCGAUUUCGCUCGUUGGAUAAAAGUUCUCGAGAAGCCAAACUUUCCCACAUUCUUUGUCAGUGCAACAGACAAGGAACAGUUCAUCAAAAAAGUUAUCAAGGAAAAGGUCAACCGAAGGCUAGUGCAGGAGCACGUGAGAAAGUUUGCGGCAAUGUGUCGAAAUACCGUCGAAUGGGAGAUAGAUUUUAGAACCAGCUAAAAAAUAUGUGAUUGUGUAUGUCUGUAAAACGCGCUCAGCUGGGUUGCAUCCGAUUGUGAUUUUAGAUUUUAGGUUCGGUAUUACGAAAAAAAAGUUUAAGCAAUGUUUUGAAUGUAGUCUAGUGGAACGAAUUCGGUUCGUUUUCAACACUCCUCCCUCCUCUGAUUGCCAGUGAUACGUAUAAAAGAAAACCAGUUCUUAGACCUACAUGUGUGCAACAGCGAAUAUAUGUGAGACAAUUUUAAAAGACUAA